GGAGUUUUUGCCUGACUGAGCGCCCAGCCGUUAGGGCUGCUGUGAGUUAGCGGCGGCGGCUUCCCUGACGAGUUGCCGGGCCGGCCGAGGCACCGACGGCGCUGGCGGAGCCGGGGCAGCCCAGAGCCAGCUGUGAUAUCGUGGGGGUGAAGUGAACAGCGUUGAUUUGGGAGGAAGAAGAGUGAAUGGGACGCUGCGGGGGCAGAAGGGCUGUCAUGGCUGCCCUUACAGUAGUAGACUGUGGAUCCUGGGGCAACGCCAGACAGCGCUGAAGACAUCUGUGUUGCCUGUCGCGGUCCAGUCUCUAGCUCCGUGCCGCACAGUGGCCUAGGGUAGUUCAGGGUUUCUAUUUGCCGUUUGAAAACGAUCUGUUCCUAAAGUGUAACCUAGCAGGUGAUGCCCACAGAAGGUGUUUUUUGUUUUUGUUUUUGUUUUUAAAGCCCAACAGGGAGUUCUCUUGGCAGCCCUCCUCCACCUCUGUCUUAAGCUUUGGCUACUGCGUGUCGCUAAGAUGAGCACCCAUCUUUCCUCUGGUCCCUUUGACCCUGAGCACAGGGUCCGGAGCGUUUUGAAGAAGGUCUUUGGGUUUGAUUCUUUUAAGACGUCUCUACAACAGAGUGCAACCAUGGCUGUAGUAAAAGGUGACAAGGAUGUUUUUGUGUGCAUGCCCACAGGGGCAGGAAAAUCCCUUUGCUAUCAGCUUCCUGCUCUGUUGGCCAAAGGCAUCACCCUUGUGGUCUCUCCUCUCAUUGCUCUGAUUCAGGACCAGGUGGAUCACUUACUAGCCUUGAAGGUACAUGUGAGUUCCCUAAACUCGAAGCUCUCAGCGCAGGAGAGGAAGGAGCUGCUGUCUGACCUGGAGCGAGAAAAACCUCGGACCAAGAUUUUAUAUAUCACCCCAGAGAUGGCAGCUUCAACCUCCUUCCAGCCCACACUGAAUUCCCUCGUCUCCCGCCACUUACUGUCUUACUUGGUGGUGGAUGAAGCUCAUUGUGUUUCCCAGUGGGGCCAUGACUUUCGUCCUGACUAUUUGCGUCUGGGUGCCCUGCGCUCCCAACUGGCACAUGUCCCAUGUGUGGCUUUGACAGCUACAGCUACCCUGCAAGUCCAAGAGACCGUGUUUGCUGCCCUGCACCUGAAACAACCAGUGGCCUCUUUCAAGACUCCCUGCUUCCGUGCCAACCUCUUCUAUGAUGUGCAGUUUAAGGAACUGAUAACUGAUCCCUAUGGAAAUCUGCGGGACUUCUGCCUUAAGGCUCUUGGACAGAAGUCUGGUAAAGGGUUGUUAUCCGGGUGUGGCAUUGUCUACUGCAGAACUAGAGAUGCUUGUGAACAGCUGGCCAUAGAGCUCAGCAGCAGGGGUGUGAACGCCAAGGCUUACCAUGCAGGGCUGAAGGCUUCUGAUAGAACACAGGUGCAGAAUGAGUGGAUGGAGGAGAAGGUCCCUGUUAUUGUUGCAACUAUUAGUUUUGGAAUGGGAGUGGACAAAGCCAAUGUUAGGUUCGUUGCCCACUGGAAUAUUGCCAAGUCCAUGGCUGGGUACUACCAGGAGUCUGGCCGGGCCGGCAGGGAUGGGAAACCUUCUUGGUGCCGUCUCUAUUACUCUAGGAAUGACCGGGACCAAGUUAACUUCCUGAUUAGGAAGGAAAUAGCAAAAUUUCAGGAAAGGAGAGGGAACAAAGCAUUUGAUAAAGCCAUGCUGUUGGCCUUUGAUGCCCUGGUGGCCUUCUGUGAAGAAUUGGGGUGCCGCCAUGCUGCCAUUGCCAAGUACUUUGGCGAUGCACCGCCAGCCUGCAACAAAGGCUGUGACCACUGCCAAAACCCUGCCACUGUGCAGAAGCAGCUGGAUGCCUUGGAGCGUAGCAGCAGCUGGAGCAGCACCUACGUUGGUCCCUCCCAGAGCAGCGGCUUUGAUCCUGAGCUGUAUGAGGGAGGCCGCAGAGGCUACGGGGGCUUCAGCAGGUACGAUGAAGGUUCUGGAGGGAGCGGGGAUGAGGGCACUGGUGAGGCCCACAAGCAAGAAUGGAAUCUCUUCUAUCAGAAGCAGAUGAGCCUGCGCAAGGGUAAAGACCCCAAGAUAGAAGAAUUUAUACCCCCAGAUGAAGACUGUCCCCUGAGAGAGGCUUCCAGCAGGAAGAUCCCUAAGCUCACUGUGAAGGCCCGAGAGCACUGCCUGGGUCUUCUGCAGGAGGCUCUGAGCAGUAACCACCAGGCUGCAGGGACUACUGAUGGAGCUGAUCUGCAGGCCAAGGCUGUGGAAUUGGAGCAUGAGAUGUUCCGAAAUGCCAAGAUGGCCAACCUGUACAAGGCCAGCGUGCUAAAGAAGGUUGCCGAGAUUCACAAAGCCUCCAAGGAUGGGCAGCUGUAUGACAGAGGUGACACCAAGAGCCGCAGUGCCAAGACUGAGCCUCCAGAACCCAAUGAAUAUGACAUUCCACCAACCUCACAUUUGUACUCGCUCAAAACCAAGCGGGUGGGAGCUGGCUUCCCCAAAGGCUCCUGCCCAUUCCAGAGGGCCACUGAGCUGAUGGGGAAGUCUCAGACCCUGAUGCAAACUCCUGAGCCAGUGCCGGGAGGUGAGCAGAAGCCUCCAAGCUGGCCUUGCGGUCUCCAAGAUGAGGACAAAAGUGGGCCCUUUCCUGGGCACAGAAGAGGUAGUGCUCAUUGUGGGGGAGCCUACCCUGAGAAGAAGACAAAAGGAUCCUCCCAGGGCAGUAAGAAGACCAGAGCCAGCAAGAAACAGCAGCUUCUAGCCACAGCAGCCCACACGGUUUCCCAGAGUAUCACUCACUACUUCUGCCAAAGAACUGAAUGCCUGCCUCCACUGGCCUCAGUCCUGAGAGCAGAAGGUGCCAGCUCCUCCUGUGAGGGAGUGCAGAAACUCCCCUUUGCACCAGAGAAGUCCAUAGAGGAGGAAGGUGGCACUCAGGGGUAUUUAAUUGCUCCUUUUCAGAUUGAGGAGCAUCUCAGGGAGGGGCCAAGCACCUGCCUACUCAGUGUCCAGGGGCUCCCCGAGAAUCAGUCCAGUCCUCCAAAGGAAACCCAGAAGAGCAAGCGGCCCAGACCCCAACAGGAGAAUCCAGAGAGCCAGGCUCGGAAGCGGCCUUGUCCCUCAACUAAGCCCUCCGUCUUGGCUGAGGUCAAAGGCAGUGCCUUGGCCAGUAAUCAAAGUACCAUGAACAACGCGGCCCAAGACUCCUGCCAGCCCUCAGCUCCUGGCAUCACCCUGAAGGAGGCAGCAGAUGUUGUGGUCAGGAGUUGUUCAAAGGCUUUGCCCGUCACCUGUCACAUUUGCUGACUCAGAAGGCCUCUCCUAAGAGUGUGAAGGAAGAGGCCCAGAACCUCAUCAAGCAAUUUUUUCAUGACCACACCCGCUGUGAGAGUGAAGCUGACUGGCAUAGCCUGUGUGGCCCACAGGGAUAGCCUGGUGCUGAGUGGACAAGGCCAGUAUCCUCCUGGCUCUGUCAUGGGCAGGCAUGUGCCAGAGGCACCUACUUUCUCAGGGUCCUUCUUCUCCAUCCCCUUUCUAACCAUACCUCACUUUGGAGGUGGCCCCAGACAUCCUCCUCUGAUCUUCAUGGCUAGGUGUUCUUGACCACAUCCCCAGGUUAGAAGGUUUGGGUGGUUUCUCUGCUGCCAGGAGAAGAAGCAUUGGCCUUUAUCCUUAUAUUUAAGUUCUCAGCCAGGGCAUGGACUGCUUGAAGGUACUGGAGCCUGCUCAGGUCACCUCUUCCCACACACCUCCCAGGCUUCCUUGAGAUCCUACUGUUGCCCCAGGUGCCAAGUUUGUGGGAAGAAGUACAUCAAGUCAAACCCCAGGCCUGCUCAGCUGCUCGUCAGCAAGGCCAGGCCCAACUGAUGUAUUUACAAGGGAAUAAAGUUCUGUUUGUCUUGAUUCAGACACACACACAACACA